AUGCGCUUCACUGACGCACAUGAGUUGGACUACCAUGCGCAACAUCACCACAGCCUCCCAGGGGACGCCACAUCCUUCCUGAUGAACAAAAAGAUCCUGUAUGACGCCGAAGGCGAAGAGGCAUACUCUUGGAGACUGUGGCCAAGCCAGGGUAAGCUUGAGAAAGCGGCGCAGAAGGUAACCGCUGCAUUGGAAAAGCAGCUCCAGGGUGAUCCCAUGGAUGAUGCGAUGUUCAAGAAGCUCACAGACAAUAACAACAAGAAGCUGAGCCACAGUCACUUGAUGAAGCCAGAGGUCAAGGAUGAUCUCAUAAAGUUGGGCAAGUGGAUGAGAUCAUAUCACGUCUGCCACACGAACUCGGGCAUGUUGUGGGACCUCAGCAAGAAAAAACCUUGGGCUGCAGAGCUCCUGGGUCAGCUCCGGCCGAUCUGCCGCGCAGCCGACCACUACGUGGACAAAGACGCCGAGCACUUCAAGGAUCUCCUCAUGAGGCUGACCCACGCCGUGUCGAACUGCGACGACGAGAAGUUCUACGACUGCGACGAGGGUGGCGCCUGCGUGUUCGACGACGGAGUCGGCAACUUCAUGGAGUCCGUCGGCUGCAGAUCGGGGAGCAAACAGUGA